AUGUCGCGCGCGGGAACAGCGACUUUCUCCGCAGCCACCGCCCUUGAAACAGAACGUGGCAUCGAUUCCGCAUCGUCUCCCGCUUGGGAAGAUGAAUCAUCGAAUUCCUGCGCGAAUGACCUACUACAUUGCGAGGAUGUCGACGCACCUCUGUCUGGAUCUGGGCACCUCGACGAAAAGUGUUGGAUGUCAAGGCUCCGAGAUGGCGAUCGAGCAAAGAUCACUGGUCAUUUCUGCUCUGCGAAGGGAAGAGGACGUCGAUGGCGAUCGGACAGGUUCCUCCCGCGAUCGACUCACAGUCGAGCACGAAUUUUGGCCGCAUAUCCGCAUCCUCUCCGUGCAAGUUGGAAGUCGCAAUCGGGACCCGUGACGACUCGGAACUGCGAGCGCGGAAAAUGUUCGGUCACAAUUCAGGGACCGCAUUUGGGCUGCGGGCUGAAGCCCGCAGGAGCUGUCGAAAAGCACGUCCUGUCGAAGCGUAGAGCCUACGGCGAAUUCCGAGAAGACGACAAUGUUUCGCUUGAGCUAUGCAUGGCGGUGGUUACGAGAAUCAGGUCGAAUGUUUGA